AUGGUGAACGACAAUCAUAGCUACAUGGUGAACAACAAUCAUAGCUACAUGGUGAACGACAAUCAUAGCUACAUGGUGAACGACAAUCAUAGCUACAUGGUGAACGACAAUCAUAGCUACAUGGUGAACGACAAUCAUAGCUACAUGGUGAACGACAAUCAUAGCUACAUGUUGAACAACAAUCAUAGCUACAUGGUGAACAACAAUCAUAGCUACAUGGUGAACAACAAUCAUAGCUACAUGGUGAACAACAAUCAUAGCUACAUGGUGAACGACAAUCAUAGCUACAUGGUGAACGACAAUCAUAGCUACAUGGUGAACAACAAUCAUAGCUACAUGGUGAACGACAAUCAUAGCUACAUGGUGAACGACAAUCAUAGCUACAUGGUGAACGACAAUCAUAGCUACAUGGUGAACGACAAUCAUAGCUACAUGGUGAACGACAAUCAUAGCUACAUGUUGAACAACAAUCAUAGCUACAUGGUGAACGACAAUCAUAGCUACAUGGUGAACGACAAUCAUAGCUACAUGGUGAACAACAAUCAUAGCUACAUGGUGAACGACAAUCAUAGCUACAUGGUGAACGACAAUCAUAGCUACAUGGUGAACAACAAUCAUAGCUACAUGGUGAACGACAAUCAUAGCUACAUGGUGAACGACAAUCAUAGCUACAUGGUGAACGACAAUCAUAGCUACAUGGUGAACGACAAUCAUAGCUACAUGGUGAACGACAAUCAUAGCUACAUGGUGAACGACAAUCAUAGCUACAUGGUGAACAACAAUCAUAGCUACAUGGUGAACGACAAUCAUAGCUACAUGGUGAACAACAAUCAUAGCUACAUGGUGAACAACAAUCAUAGCUACAUGGUGAACGACAAUCAUAGCUACAUGGUGAACGACAAUCAUAGCUACAUGGUGAACGACAAUCAAACGAUAACUGAUAUUUGUCUGGUUUUUAACUUUUAUAAUAAAAACAUGCAUCCGGGCCUUAAAUACCUGUUUUUGUGUAAUAUGUAA